CUUUUUCUUGAAAAAUAUCUAAAUCUUUCUAUUUUUUCUCAAAAUAUCCAAAAACACCGCUGAAUAAAAUCAAAACAGAUGGACAGAAUACUUCCCAAAAAAAAACAAAGAAAUUAAACAUUUAUUAACAAAAAAAUAUUAGUUGAUGAGCUCAAUUUAAUCCCUCGAUUAAUUUUUGCAGCUCUUCUUCUGUCUCUUUCUUUCUCUUCAAAAAUAUCUAGACACUUCCUCAAAGUAUCCCAAAAGCCCACAGAAUAAACUCAAAACAAACACGAAGAACAAUUACAAUAAACAAAUACUUCCCAUAUCCAGGAAAAUUGGAUUUUAAUCUUUGUUAAUAAAAUGAAAUAUUAGUCGCUGAGCUCAAUAUAAUCCCCUCUAUCGAUUUUCGCCCCUCCUCGGCUUCUUUCUGAGUUUCUCUUCCAAAUUAGAGAAUUAUCUCGUGGAAUUAGAGUUUGUUGGUAAAAAUUGUUCCUUUGGCGAUUCCGGAUGGAAAGCUGCUGGGAUCUCAUCCAUUGGCUGGGUCAGGACCCGGCCACCAGCGUGCUCUUUUGUCUAGAUGAUCCCGCUGAUCUCGUGCGCUUCGCCGCCGUCUCCCACUCCUGGGAGCAGUUUGGUGAUUCACUGUCUCUGCUCUGUUUGCUUGUUUGUUUGAGAGAGUUUUGGCUGUUGGUUUGGUGAUUGAAGGUUCUAAAAGAAGUUGUUUUCUUGAUUGGCACAAAUUGUUUACUUGUUUUUGCUGAUUUAUUGGGGUUUAUUUUAGUAGCUGGAAUAGAUUUGGUAAGGAAUUAUAUGCCCAGAUGUAUUGUGAAGGCUGGUCUUGUUGGCCAGAAUUCGGCAAUCCUUGCCGACUUCAGUUCAAACAUUCAAAAAAAAAAAAAGGAAAAAAAAAUCAAAACGGGGGAAAUCGCGAUCCCCUGCUCCGAUCUUUCGUGGUGGGGGAUAAGGCCACCAAGCCGUUGUAGCCAAACACUGCCACCCCUAAAACCCAUGUCUCCUCUUAAAACUCCGGGUUGGGGCGUGACAUGUAUCCACCUUAAUAUGAAACAGAUUGUCAAAAAUGAUUUAGUUGCUCUACUUUGACUUGUGGUGAGUUCAUUGGAGGAGGAAUGGGGAGGAGACAAGUAAUUAUCUGUUCUUAAAGUUGCUGGGAUAGGGAUAUAAAGAAGAAAAAAUUUAGAUGCUCUCAUUUUAGUUGAUAUUAGUAAAGCUAUGUCUCAAUGAUGAAACAUGGAUAAUUUGUAUUUGGUUUGGUGGGAGAUCAAGUAGAGAUGCUAGGUGCUUUCUUCUCCUGGUUCCUUGGACAUUAUCUUUGACAUGGGAAUGUUGCCUGCCACUUUUCCAAGAGAAUUGGGUAAAUUCUAGAAGGAUAGGCUGCUCACUGAAUUGGAUUGAGUUCAGGCAGUGUCAAUAGAAAUCUAGGUCAAAGAUCCCUAAAUCACUUGAGUUUAUGGAUAAUAAAGAAAAAAAUAAUUCACAUUUUUCUUCAAAUACUUAAAAUACAAUAGAUCUGGUUCUUCAAUAGGGAUUUCCAAUAGGUCUUAAGAUUAUCUAUGCAUUCUCAUAUUCAUGUUGAAAGCAAUCUAGGGUGUGACUGGGUUUUUGGUUGGGUUUAGGGUCAAAAAUUUGAUACAAACCUGAUCCAGUUAUUCUUGAGUCUCAAAAAGCUUAUAAAUAUAGCCUUUUGACCUUUCUGGCUUUUUCGAUUGGUUGGUUGAUGGGGGUCUUCAUUAGCUCAAGUUCAGUAAUAAGAAAUCUGUCUAACUUGGACUUAAGUAGAUGCAUGAGGUGUGUGCAUGUGUAAGCAUCAAAAUUGAAGCUUCUUGAAACUUCUCAAGGUCAUCCAUAUUAAUCUGAAACAUAUUUCACUGUAAAUACUCUUAAAUCUAGGAUCUAUCUUAAGUAAGGUGUGGUUGCUGCUUCCACAUAAAAUCAGUGACUCUCAUCCCUUGUAGAUACAUGUCAAGGUUAGAGAAAAAAGGAGAGAUGAGAAGGUGCAACUAUGUCACUGCUAUCAAUUUCUUUAUCUGAGAAAACAAGUUCUGCUAGUAUUUUGUUACAAUUAUCUUUUCUUUUCUUUUCUUUUUUUGGGGCUUUUAAGAUUCUAAUUUUAUUUAUUCUUUCUUUAAGUCAUUACCUUGAGAGAAAUCUUAUAUCUUUUGUGUUGCUUGACCUGAGCUUUAUAUACUCAAAGGCAUAUUACCUUUUGGAAAACCAAGGAUUAUCUACGUUAUACAACACUACAGCAACAGCAAUGAUGACACCAUCUGCCAUCAAGCCUCUUCCUCAUAAAAUGAAGUUGGCAAUGUAGAAAAAGCAUUAAGCAGGGAGGACUCAACAAGAGAAUUGAACAAAUUUGAGUGAGUAGUUGCAAAUUUAAUGGCAACCUUCCCAUUAGCAGUCCCAAGAUUUCUGCUGUAUGGCCAUGAAUGCUUGUUGGUUGCUAGCAAUCGAAAAUGGUUUCCUCAAGAAGCUGUGCUUGAGACUGUGCCCAGAUGUAUCAAUUUUCUCUUAUGCUACUGAAGUCAGUAGUUCAAAAAAAAUUGCUGAAGUUGGAUCCAGCAAUUAUGAAUGGGAGUGCCAGAAGAAAGAUCACAGGAUUUAUUCCUAUUUUAGUUACUGUCUUGCUUCACCUGCAGCAAAGAGUGAUUGCAUCGAUGAGCCAAUUGGUGCUUCCAGCACUGACAAUCCAGAUGAGGGCAUUGAAAAUACAUUAGAACCUAGAGAUCGAGUGCGUACUGGGCCUUCUUAUUGGUCGAGCAAAGGGGAGAAGGAUCCUGGGGUCCCUGAGACACUAACUUACAGAUUGAGGUCUAAACUUUGUGUCAUUGAUGAAAUAAGGGUACAGCCAUUUGAAGCUUUCUUUCAACAUGGGUAUCCCAUAUACUCUGCAAAGACUGUGCAGUUUAGAAUGGGUUAUUCCAAAUUAUCACAAGAGACCAGAAUAGAUACCAUGCACAAUGCUGCAAACAGUCAAAAAUCUGCUGAUGACAACUAUGUGUGGACAUAUACUUCACCACAAUAUCAAAUGGAUCAGGAAAAUGUAUUACAAUCUUUUAAGCUUCCGCGCCCUGUUAUCUGCAUUGGUGGAAUUCUGCAGAUUGAACUAUUGGGCAGGGUUCAAAAACAAGAAAUGGCUGGUGCAUAUUAUUUCUGGUGCAUCUUCUAGAAACUUCUACACAUUAUCUCUGUUAUAUGAGUACAAUCAAUUGUCGAGGUUAGGAUAUCUCUUUAACAAACAUCAUAGUCAAAGCUGCUCCUUCAAAUAUUUUCAGUUUAAUUUCCAAUGAGAUGUGCUUCCUUCAUAAGUAUGUCUCUCUAAACCUUGUUGAAUUAUCCACUCUAGUGAUUGGUUGGCCAUGUUUUUUCUUCU